AUGCACGUGAACAGCUCGCAUCACGAUGACGUCAGACGCACCGUGCACGUGACCCGAAGUGUCUUAAAUCUGAUCGGCGUGUGGCCGUCGUGCGGCGAUUCGUCCGCUCUCAGGCUCGUCUGGACGAAGUCGCUCCGAAUGUUGUGCCAGGUCCUUCUUUACUUCAUAUUCGUGCCGGGGCUGCUGAAAAUAUUUCUCAAAGAGUCAAACGCGCGUCGUCGGCUCAAAAUGGUCGGACCGAUGUGCUACUGCCUGAUGGCAAUGUUGAAGCACGCGAUGUUGAUCUACCAGAACAACCGGAUCAAGGACUGCAUCAGGCACAUCGAGGAGGACUGGGGACAGGUGAGCCUAGCGGAGGACCGCAGGAUCAUGACGGGUAACUCGAGAAUAGGCCGGAAUCUGGCGAUCCUCUGCGUUGCCUUCGUGUACGGCAGCGGAUUCUUCUAUCGCACGAUCCUGCCGUUAUCGCGCGGUACCGUCGUCACGCUGCAGAACGUCACGAUCAGACCGUUGGGAUACAACGGAUACUACGUGUUCAUCGAUCCGCAGAAGACGCCGGCUUACGAGAUCAUCUUUACCAUUCAGUGCCUCUGCGGUGUCGUGCAGUACUCGGUGACCAGCGGAGCCUGCAGCCUGGCGGCUUUGCUGGUGCUGCACGGCUGCGGCCAAUUCAAGAUUCUCAUCGCCAGAAUGGAGGAUCUCACCCGGAUCGAACACACUUCCGAUGUGAACGUCAACAGGAAAUUGGCGGCUAUUGUGAAGCAACACAUAAGGAUUAAGAGUUUCUUAGACAAAGUAGAAGAUAUUCUGCAGUAUAUGUGUCUGGUGGAAGUAGUCGGUUGCACGUUCAUAUUGUGCCUUCUUGGAUAUUACAUAAUAAUGGAAUGGGAGGAUAACGACGCAGUGUCUAUGCUUACGUACGCUAUACUUCUUCUGACGUUUACCCUUAACAUUUUCAUACUGUGCUUCAUCGGUGAGCUCCUCACUAACCAGAGCACGAAGAUGUAUGUCACUUCUUGUACACUGAAUUGGUAUCGCAUCCCUCACAAAACCGCUCGCAGUCUCGUCCUGGUGAUCGCGGUAUCUAGCGUGCCUGUUAAAAUCACCGCGGGAAAAUUUUUAGAUUUGUCUUUCAAUAGCUUCGGUGCUAUCGUGCGGACAUCGGUAGCGUAUUUGAAUAUAUUACGGACAACCAGUAUUUAA